AUGAUCACGAGUUUCGAUCAUUUGGAUGGACGAGGCGGCGGAGGGAGUAGGAGUGGGAGCGGGUGCCGGACACGAGGGAGGAGGCGAGGGGGCGCCACGCGUCGUGGUUACAGCUACGAGGAGGAGGAGGAGAUCGAGGAGGAUACAUCGAGGCAAGCUCAGCAUAGGGUGAGCGGCCCGGGCGGCAAUGCGGAUGAGCAGGAGGGCUCGAGCUCGGAAUCGAGCUCCGGCUCGAGCUCGAGCGAUGAGUCCAUCGAGCACGACGGCGAGGGUUUAGGGUUACAUCCAGGUAGGACUAAGCGUACGGAGAAGCACGGAGUGGCGCUCGGGGAGCGGGUGGACGAGCAACAGGCGACGGGGGACGAUUGGGAUGUCGAAGAGCAGGAGGGCGGAGCGGCUAGGCAGGAUUUUGGGACAGGAGUGCAGCAGAAGGAGGGAGGGGUGGCUGCGCAUGAGGGUGGGGUCGGAGGGCAGCAGCAGGAGGGCGUGGUGGCUGCGCAGGAGGGUGGAGCGGGAGGGCAGGAGCAGGAGGGCGGGGAGGCUGCGCAGGAGCCACCGCACGGCACGGCCAGUGGCAGCGGACAGGCGGGCCCUUCGACGGCAGGCCAUUCGACGUCGGCCAUUGCAUCCGGAGGCCAGGUCGUCGAGCUACUGCAGAGGGUCGCGGAGGUCGAGGCGUCGCAGAAGAAGCUCGUCGCCGACGUAUUUGCAAAGCACAGUGAGCAAGCCGCUCUUUUCAACAAGCUUGCUGGGGAUUUUCGGACGGCCUGGAAUAUGAUUUCGGAGUUGUCGAAGAGCAUGCUGAAGCAGUGCGGCGAUGCCGUAAACGGUGUCAUGGAGGAGAGGAAGCUGUUGGAAGGGGCACGCUCGAAGCUCGACGAGAUGAGCGGGAAAAUCAUCGAGGGGGUGGCAGCCGCUAUCACAAAAGCGAGCGAGGACGCAGUCGAGAAGUAG